AUCCACCAAAUGCUCUUUGCCUGCCUUGCUAUUCUUCCUAUUUAUCCUUUGCUAGCUACUGAAUUUGCAGGGGACAAGUAUUCACUCCUCAAUUAGGGUUUCCUCUUUGAGAGAAAGUUUCACAUCAUCAAGAAACUAUAAUCCUGUGAAGCUCACUGUUUUCAUUGGCUACAGCAAACUGUAAAGUUUGAACUUUGAAGAAACACUGUCCAAAUUCCUCAAACAGCUCCAACAAGGAAAAAAGGAAAUGGCUUCAUCCAGCUCCUACAACUCACCUUGUGCUGCCUGCAAAUUCUUGAGGAGGAAAUGUAUGCCUGGUUGCAUCUUUGCCCCAUAUUUCCCACCAGAGGAACCACAAAAGUUUGCAAAUGUUCACAAAAUCUUUGGGGCUAGCAAUGUCAGUAAGCUCCUCAAUGAACUCCUCCCUCACCAAAGAGAGGACGCAGUGAACUCCCUUGCAUAUGAAGCCGAAGCCCGAGUGAAGGAUCCAGUUUAUGGCUGUGUUGGUGCAAUUUCUUUCCUCCAGAGACAAGUUGAGAGGCUGCAAAAGGAGCUUGAUGCUGCCAAUGCUGACUUGAUUCGCUACGCCUGCAAUGAUCAUAUUCAACCUGAAUUAUCAGCCCCCCAUGGAGCAAUGCAUCAAGUUCACCAGCCUAUGACCCCCCGCCAGAGGCCGGUUGAGUACAAUAAUACUAGGAGGAUGGGAAAUGAAGGUGGAGGAUUCUAUCAAACCCCUAAUUUUCAAUAUCCUUAUCAUCUGCCGUGGAAUGAUAAUGAUAUCCACAGAUAUGGUGGUGGCGGAGGAGGAGGAGGAGGAGGAGGACAUAUAUAGUAUAUGAGUUCUGAGAGCUAUUUAUAUAUAUUCUGUUGCAGGUUUACAAGAAAUUACCUGUGUCAUUUCUGGGAUGAAGUCCUCACAUGGUAUGCUUUUUAUUAGCUCUAUGGUGUCUAGCAAGCCUCACAUGCAUGCCUCUGGCUAGACCAUCAAGUCCUAUUACUCCUAAAAUCAAUAUUUUUGAGUGAUUUAAGACCUAGAUUGAUGAACUGUGGUGAACUGAGGCCUAUACUAAGGCUUGAGAAUUUAGCUCUGGCAUGGUCUG